UUCAAUAAUAAUCGCGAUGACUUCGGGGCUCAUCAAUUUCCAACUUAACGCUUACUCUUGCUUCUCAUGAGAUCGAGGAUGAGCUCCGGAGUCAAGUGACAUUGCUCUUUAUCGAACCGCAGGCAACCAUGUUGAAUCUCUUUCUUAGGCAGAUUUGGACGCUGACAGUCAAGAAUCUGCUCGUUGUCUUUGUCCGCCCAUCAUUCACAACAACCCUCAGGGCUCUGGUCUUGCCAGUGAUUUUCGUUGCUUUCAUAUCCUACGCAAAGAACCUUUUCAUCCCUCCAUCAGAGUAUGGCGUCGGCAGUCCUACUCCCCUCCGUUCGCUAGGAGCAGCGCUAGGUGCCGUCUCAGGGAGUAGAGACAAGUUGGUAUUCGUCCACAAUGGACUGACUGGUGGCGAUGUUGAGCAAGUCAUCAACCGAGUUGCAGAUCCUGCAAGGGCCAGCGCAAAACAAGUACAUAUUCUUUCAUCGGAGGAUGAGCUACGAGAAUUGUGUCGAACAUCGCUUCGUGGAGUGUCAUCAUGCAUAGCUGCGGCUAUCUUUUACUCUUCUCCCAGUGAAGGACCAAACGGAUACUGGAAUUACUCAAUUCGUACGGAUGGUUCGCUAGGUGUUGGUAUCAAAGUCAACCGAAACGACAAUGAUCAAGAAAUCUACCUCCUUCCGUUCCAGCAUUCGAUUGACUGGGCGAUAGCGCAGGUCAACUCGACCAACAACGGUAACGCGCUACCGAGUCACGUUGAGGAAUACCCGUUCACGUCCCUUACCCAAGAGGAACGACAAGAACAAAUCCGAACCCGCUACAUGGGCGCCAUUAUUGACAUCAUCGCCGUGGCUAUCUUCAUUGAGAUUGUGGGUGUCACGUACCAGCUUACUGGGCUUAUAGCGAUGGAACGAGAGCUCGGGAUGAGCCAGCUGAUUGAUUGCAUGUUGCCCAACACCUCCCACUGGCAAUCGCAAGCUGCUCGGUUCAUUGCGGCACACCUGGCUUUGGAUAUCGUGUACUGCCCCGCAUGGAUUAUCUCCGGUGCGAUCCUGAAAUUCGGGGUGUACGGCAAGACCUCGGCUGGAAUCGUCAUAAUCUACAAUAUCCUGGCCGGUCUCGCAUUGUCCUCCUUUUCCAUAUUUGGCGCCUCGUUUUUCAGGAAGGCCCAGCUCAGCGGUAUCAGUGUCGUUAUCGUUUGCUUGAUUUUGGGAGUAAUCGCGCAACUGGCACCUGCUUCGACAAACGGUGCAGUUAUCAUCCUCAGUCUUCUAUUCCCACCGAUGAACUUUGUUUACUUCUUUGUUCUCAUGGCUCGAUGGGAGAGACAGGGUCUUGCUACGGACCUCGUGCGCGCAGCUCCAGAGAAUCCGUGGACAGUUCCUGGUAUAGCCCUCUGGAUUUUACUGAUUGUUCAAAUCGUCGUCUAUCCUCUACUGGCCGCCGUUGUCGAGCGAGUUCUUUAUGGCACCAAGUCCAAGAGCCGAAGGACAGUGAACUCUGGCGACUCGAUCGCUGUGCGUUUAAAUGGAUUUACCAAGGAAUAUCAACCGAGUUGGUUCUACCGAAAGGUAGCCCCAUGGUUUGGAAGUAGCCGACAGAGUGUACUGGCCGUGAACGACCUUUCCAUGGACGUCAGAAAAGGUGAAAUUGUGGUCGUCCUCGGUGCAAACGGCUCGGGCAAAUCUACCACACUGGAUGCCAUCUCGGGUCUGACGACAAUCACCUCCGGGAGUAUCGAUGUAGACUACGGCGACUCCGGCGAACGGUUUGGUCUCUGCCCACAGAAGAACGUUCUCUGGGAUACGCUUACAGUGAAAGAGCAUAUCAAGAUAUUUAACAGGCUGAAGAGCACCGGGGAAGUAGACAAAGGUGAACUCGCACUCGAAGACGCUCUCUGGGGGCAGAAGCGAAAGGUUCAAUUGGCCAUCAUGCUUACCGGCGGCUCGUCGAUCUGCGCUGUUGACGAGGUUUCAUCUGGAAUUGAUCCAAUUGCACGCGCCAAAAUAUGGGACAUCCUUCUUGCAGAGAGGGGGUCGCGGACAAUCCUUUUGACUACUCAUUUUCUGGAUGAGGCAGACCUCCUCGCCGAUCACAUCACAAUCCUAUCCAAGGGUUCGCUCAAGGCGCAGGGCUCGAGUGUUGAGCUAAAGGAUAGAUUGGGUUCAGGUUACCGAGUUCAUGUGCUCAAUGUCCCUGGCUCAGAGAAGGUACCUGGUCCACAGUUCGACAGCCUCGGAAAAGAGGUCCACUUUGAUGACACUGUCUACUCCGCGACGGAUUCCGCAGAAGCUUCUCGUCUGAUGUCAAUGCUGGAAGAAAAGGGUGUCACAGAAUAUCGCGUCAGCGGGCCGACGAUUGAGGAUGUUUUUCUCAAAGUUGCAGAAGAGUUGGACAGACUACGAGAAGAGCCUCACGUCGGAUCGAAGGAAACGACUUACACUGAAAAGAAUCCUGGCAGUGGUGGCAGUGAAGGGCUUCAGCUAUUGACCGGAAAACGCAUUGGCAUGUUCCUUCAGUCGUGGUAUUUGUUUCGCAAGAGGGUCACAAUAUUGCGCCGCAACCCUAUCCCAUACCUAGCAGCUUUGCUCAUCCCAGUCGUUGCGGCCGGACUUGUUACUCUUUUCCUGAAGGGUGCCUCAAAGGCAGGUUGUUCGGGUGAUAGUACAUACCAUGCAUCUGGCUUCGAGUCACUGGCGUCUCUGGACAACUUCAAAUUUGUGGUUGGUCCUCGAGACAAGCUGUCUAUCUCCGCUCUUGAGAGCUUCAUUGGCUCCCUGUCUGGUUCGAUAGGCUCGACUCAGAAUGCGUCCUUGAACCUCGAGUCUCGAUUUCACCUGGUAAACAGUCUCACGGAGUUUGAAGAUUAUAUAUCUCAAAACUAUGCCAAUAUAACACCUGGUGGUUUCUACCUGGGAGAGGCAAAUUCUGCGCCUACAUUCGCGUGGAAGGGAGACAACGGUCACUUCCCGCUAUCCGCUGUCACCCAGAAUGCCAUGGAUAACUUCUUGACCAACGUGCCCAUCUCUUUCCACUUCCAGUUUUACGACAUUCCAUGGCAGUCAGAUUCUGGGAAGGCACUUCAGCUGAUCGUCUAUUUUGGUCUUGCUAUGUCGGUAUACCCUGCUUUGUUUGCUCUCUAUCCCACCGUUGAGCGUCUGAAGAAUGUCCGAGCGCUGCAUUUCAGCAACGGGGUGAGAGGCGCCUCGCUUUGGCUAGCAUACCUGGCUUUCGACUUCUGCAUUGUCAUCGCAUCCAGCGUCCUUGCAAUAGUCAUCUUCAGGGCCGCGUCGGAUGUAUGGUACCAUGCCGAAUAUCUCUUCGUCGUUUUCUUCCUCUACGGGUUGUGCACAACGAUACUAUCAUAUGUGGUAUCCCUCUUCUCAAAGUCUCAGCUCGCAGCUUUCGCAAUUGCAGCCGGUGGACAGUGCGUCUUGUUCUUGAUUUACUUCAUCGCCUACAUGUCAGUAUUGACAUACGCACCUACCCAGAAAGUCGAUGAGUACCUUGAGAUAACACAUUUUACCAUCGGUCUCAUUGCGCCAUCGGGAAAUCUUCUCCGAGCAAUGUUCACUUCGCUGAAUACGUUCUCCAUCCUAUGCCGAGGACGAGAAAUUGCCUCGUAUCCGGGUGAGAUCACUCUCUACGGAGGCCCAAUCCUCUAUCUGAUCUGCCAAUCCUUUGUCCUGUUUGGAUUGCUUCUUUGGAUUGAUGGAGGGCCUGUGUUCUCCAUGAUGAGGAGGAGAGCCAAGCAGAACCACGUGGAAGAGAAGGAUACUGUCGAUGGUGAUGUUGCUGCUGAAUUAGCACGAGUGGAAAACUCAACCGACGGAUUACGAGUUCUGCACCUCACGAAGAAGUUCAAGAAGUCUGUCGCAGUGGAUGACGUGACAUUCGGGGUGCCAAGAUCUCAAGUUUUUGCUCUCUUAGGGCCGAAUGGAGCAGGAAAAACCACCACAAUCUCUCUCAUCCGCGGUGAUAUGGUACCUUCCGACAAUGGAGGAAAUAUUUUUGUAAACGAUAUUUCAGUUUUGAAGAACCGUGCAGGAGCACGCUCCCACCUUGGGGUCUGUCCACAGUUUGAUGCAAUGGAUCAAAUGACCGUCAUUGAACACUUGGAGUUCUAUGCUCGCAUCCGUGGUGUGACCGAUGUGAAGCACAACGUCACGGAAGUAAUGCGUGCUGUGGGUCUUACUCCCUUCCAGCACCGCAUGGCAACACAACUGUCAGGAGGUAAUAAGCGCAAGCUUUCUCUCGGCAUUGCUUUGAUGGGCAACCCUCUCGUCCUGCUGCUGGAUGAACCUAGCUCGGGAAUGGAUGCGGCCUCAAAGCGUGUGAUGUGGAAGACAUUGGCAUCUGUAGUCCCUGGACGCUCCAUUGUGCUGACGACCCACUCCAUGGAGGAGGCAGACGCACUGGCAACUCGGGCAGGAAUCAUGGCCAAGCGUAUGCUGGCGCUGGGGACAACUGAUUACCUGCGGAAGAAGUACGGCAAUAAAUAUCAUGUCCAUCUAGUCCAUUCAGAGGCACCGCACACUACGGACGAAACUAUGGAACGCAUCCGCGAUUGGGUGCAAGAGAACUUCCCAGGUGCGGUGAUAGAGCAGAAGACCUAUCAUGGGCAGAUAAGGUUCAGUAUCCCUGCAACAGCGGCAUCUUCAUCUUCGAAGACGGAAAUCACUGAAUAUGCCGAGGGUCCUAUCGCCGAAGAAGAAGAGCUCGGACCCGGACCCAGAUAUCAAUCAUGGCCCAUGGUUCCAGGGGGCCCACGAGCUGCCAGCAACAGCAUCGUCAGCUCCAUAUUCGCGAAGCUGGAGCAGAGCAAGACUCUUCUAGGCGUCCAGUAUUACUCUGUCAGCCAAACUACAUUGGACCAGGUCUUCCUUGCCAUUGUUGGACAGCAUAAUAUCCGGGAGGAGAAUGCUGGAUAG